AGAUGCCGCAAAUGUAUCUUGACUGCCUGUCUCUUUCCCCCUUCGAAUCCAAUGCCAUUUUUUAAAACCACAUAACACUACACACCUGUGACAUCUAUACAUAAACACUUUCACAUCUUUUAUUUACUACACAAUCUCUCUCUCUCUCAACUCGAUCUCUCUCGAGAUGAAGACAGCUAAAAAAUCUCUUUACACUCUCUCCUACUUCCUUCUCUCUCUGCUCCUUCUCCACAACAUCAUCACCGCGGGAUCCAUCGGUGUCAACUACGGGACACUAGGAGACAACCUCCCCCCACCAGCCCAAGUAGCUCAGUUCCUCAAAGACCGAACCAACAUCGACCGCAUCAAAAUCUUCGACGUCAACCAUGACAUCAUCAAAGCCUUCGCUAACACCAACAUCUUCGUCACCGUUACGGUGCCGAACGGUGACAUUCCGAGUCUCACCGACAUACGGGCAGCUCGCCGGUGGGUUUCUACCAACAUCAAGCCGUUUUAUCCGGCGACGAGGUUUCUGUACAUUGCGAUGGGGAACGAGAUUCUUCACUGGGGUCCGCAGAAUCUGAUUGACAACCUCGUACCCGCUAUGAGGACUCUACACAAGGCGUUGAUUAUGUCGGGGAUUAAGGAUGUCAAGGUCACCUCACCGCAUUCGUUGGGUAUACUUGAAUCUUCGAACCCGCCUAGUUCGGGUAAGUUCCGACCCGGUUGGGAUGUGGGUGUUUUGAAACCCAUGUUGGAGUUCUUACAAGAGACCAAAUCUCCUUUCAUGGUUAAUCCUUACCCUUAUUUUGGGUGGGCUCCACAACAAGAGGAUUUCUGCUUAUUCAAAAAAAAUCCAGGUAUGUAUGACCCUGUUACAAAAAAAAUGUACACAAAUAUGUGGGAUCAGUUGCUUGAUGCUGUGUACAUGGGCAUGGUUAGAUUGGGGUAUGGCCAUGUUGAGAUUGUUGCGGCGGAGACUGGGUGGCCAUCUAUGGGUGAGCCCUUUUUGAAACAUGUGAAUCCGACCAAUGCGGCGGCGUACAAUGGUGGACUUGUUAGACAUGUCGAUUUGGGGACACCUUUGAUGCCUAAGAGAAGAAUUGAGACUUAUAUUUUUGGUUUGUUUAACGAGAAUCAGAAGCCGGGUUCUAUUGCUGAGCAGAACUUCGGGCUUUUCCGACCCGAUUUUUCGCCAGUUUAUGAUGCUGGAGUUUUGCGUACUACUAGUCCAGUGCCGAAUCCUCAGCCGCAGCCACAGCCGAAGCCAAAUCCCCAGCCGCAGCUGAAGCCAAGUCCACAGCCGCAGCCGAAGCCAAAUCCACAGCCGCAGCCAAAGCCAAAUCCACAGCUGCAACCUACACCAAAGCCUUCCACGCCUACAGGAUCGGGUGCGAAAUUUUGUGUAGCAAAACCAGAGGCAUCUGAUGCAGCAUUACAAGCUAACAUUGACUAUGUGUGCAGCAACGGAGCUGAUUGCAAACCCAUUCAGGCUGGUGGUGCUUGUUUUGAUCCAAAUAAUGUUAGGGCUCAUGCACAGUUCAUCAUGAACUCUUACUACCAGACCAAUGGACGGAAUGCCUUCAACUGUGAUUUCUCUGGCACCGGUGUCAUAACAACCAAUGAUCCAAGUUAUGGUAGUUGUAAAUACAUGGCAUAAGGUGCUGGCAAGGAAACUCUAACAAUCUCAGUUGAAUGGGAGGUACUGUAUGUCAAAAUUUUAUUUAUUCAUCUGUCCUUGGUCUCUAGUAAAGUUCAUCAGUGACGGGGCUUCACAACUAAUCCAGACUAAGCCAUUUGUAACUCUUUUGGCCCUAUGAUCUUAUUUAAUUUGUCCAGAAUGAAUGAAUGGAUGUGUGGUGUUCUA